GGAAGGGUUCCCUAAGAUUAGUUUGCAGUAGUGGCAUCUAGUGGCGUAGGGAGUAAAAUAGCGCUAAACAAUGCAAUAAAUUGUCUCGCGCUUAACCAAUGUUAUUUGGCCUGAGUUUCCUAUGUUGUCCUAUAUUUGGUUAGAGUUGUUUAUUUUGAGUGCGAGUUAUUCUGUAGAUUUGAAAAAAUGACUGAAUCCGUCUGUCAAAUUAAUAAUGGUUGUGUACUGACUGAAGAAGUAAAAGAAAAAUCUAAUUCUUUGACAGUCCCAGAAGCUCAAGAAGAAUUCAUUGAAAUUUUAAGAAAGUUAAAUAAUUCAGGAAGUCAAAGCGAGCUGCUUAGUUGGAUUCAGUGCAACUGGCUUAACGAAUGUGAGACAAUCAGCAAUUCAGGAGAUGAUACCCUGCAAGCGAUAGCAGCGGAUCUGCGGGAGCGUAUGCCCCUAGCGCUGGCGGGGGUUCUGCCCUCUGAGAACAUCCUGCAGCCAGUAGAGGAAACCGUGUCGAGUACACGUUCCAAUGCCUGGGCGUCCAGGCUGGUGUCCAGGGACGGCAAGCCCCACUGGUUCAGUAAGGGGAUGAAUGCAGAGUACAACCUGAAACACACAGUACAGGUAGACGAAUUCCUGUACGAUGAUGACCAGGUCCAGCAGAUGUGCGAGUCUGGGGUGCUGCCGGCCCAUUACUGCCUUGACUGUGGAUCCCACUGCACUAAGGAGCUAGAGUAUGUGUCUCAUUCGGUGUCGAGAGAAAAACUGGCGUACAUCUUCCAAGCCUUGUUGCCGCCACUCUCGGACUUGACUGUGCUGGACAUCGGGUCUCGGCUUGGGGCAAUGCUGUACGGGGCAUAUCUAUUUUCAAAAGCAUCCAGAAUUGUUGGGGUUGAAAUUAACAGUGAUUUUUGCAAGCUGCAGAGAGAUGUUAUACAGAAGUACAAUUUUAAGGACCGAGUGUCAGUGGUGGAGGCGGACAUAAUAACUCAGCCAAAUUUAGUCAACACGGCUGAUGUGAUAGUUCUCAACAACGUGUUUGAGUUCUUCAUGGACCCAGCGAGGCAAGCAGACAUGUGGAAGUUCCUCAGGAAAAAUGUGAAGCCAGGAGCAGUGCUCGUCACCGUGCCCUCGCUUGCUGCUACUCUGUCUGGCCUCCAGACGGACAUAGACUUGUCUCAGUGGGUUGAGGAGCUGCCCCUCUACAAUCCCAAUGCAGAUGCAUUGUUGAAUGUGCAUGACAAAGACGUGGAGAACAUAAAGCACUACAAAGUGGUGUAAUCGACGAAGAAAAUGGAGCUGAUGAGUGUUUUUUGAAGUUGCAGUAACAGUUACUUACUCCGCUAUGCAUUAUAUGCUUUUUAGUUCAAAUCAUAAAAAUGUAUUGUUCUCUUUUUAUUUUAUACAGACAAAUUUUGUAUUCUGUGAUUCUUAUUAUCAAAUACAGUGAAGGAAAAUAGAUUGCAUUAUAUUAGAAUUUGAGACUUGAGUGAUAAAAGUGCUUGGUAGAAGUUGAAGCAACAAAAGAACCAAAGUCUCAACUUCGCUAAGCAUCAAAGUGGUCGGUACGUAUAGGGACCAGCAUUGAGUCAAGGGGAUGUGUAAAUGGGCUGAUGCUCGUAAAAUAAGCCCUAUGAACAUGGACCUGGAAAUACACAAAACCCACGAUACAGACAUUUGGUAUGGACCAUUAUGUGCUCAAAGUGACAGUCAUGUGUAGCAUAAGAAAUUUUUCACUGUCAAACGUCAACUGUUGGACCAUCUGGGAACUAUGUGGAACAUUCGCACACUAGUGAUGUGCAAAUGGCUCCUCAUGUCGUAAUCUAGCACUGGGUUGCCAGCUAUGCCAAUUGUUUAUACCUAAAAUCACCCCUUGAAGUUUGUUCCCAUAGUUUAUAAAUAUGUGAGAUUGGAGAAAUGCAUUUUUUUUAAAGAUGUUUUGAGUUCAGAUCAGAGGAUGACAAUUCAACUUAAGUAACAAAUUCUAAGUAUAGCCUAAAUCAAAAUAAAUAUAUUUAUGUAAA